CGUACUCGACACUUUCAUUUUGGAUGGCAAAGCGCGUACAACGAGCGGCGACGCACUGGACGCUGUCGUCGAUCGUGCUGCACGUGGCUCGCUACGUGUAUGUGCAGGCAGAUGUCGUCGCCUUUCUUCGUGCACUGGCGUCGUACGCCCACGAUGAGCAUCUUCGCGCCCUCCUGACGCUCUUGGAAGCCAAGCCGGGGCUGUGGCCGCGCGCUGAUGUCGAUGACUUGAGCGCGAUGCAUCGACCGACUGUGCUCCAAGCGCUCCCCGCGCUCUGCAAAAUCUACGCGCAUCAAAGUGUCGGAGCCGACUUUUGCCACGGCACACCGCUGCCGCCGACGGCCGACGUCCAUGCGUAUGCCACGGACGUCUACCAACUCGGCGCGGACUUUGGCCCGUGGGUCCCCAACAUUGUGAAAUUGCACACGGGCGUCCACUGCGAUACGGCGCCGCUGGAUGUGCCGCGGCUGCAACCAGUGCUGGCGUCGUGUCCGAAGCUCUUGGUGCUCAGCAUCAAGUUUGCCGACGCUGUCGACAAAGCGACAAUGGAUACGCUCCUAGCCGCGGUCGUCGCCGCGUGCCCGCGCCUCUCCAAACUGCGCUUCCAGGCCGUGCCGUUCGUUCUCGAAAGCUGCGAGAGCCUCCUCACUUGGGUGAAGCGACCACGGGCUCGGACGCUCCGUCUCACUGGCGUCGACUUUUCCGCAGCCGCGGCCACAACCUUGGCGCGUGCGCUCCUCUCGUCACCGACGCUACGUUCUGUCGCGCUUGAGCAUACGAAGAACCUCUCGCAGGCGCUUCUCGACCCAUCGACAUUGCCCCUCGAGGGGCACCUGCGCCACUUGGUGAUCAACGCCAACCAUGUUGCCAUGGACGCAACAUUUCCGGUCUCGCUGACCACGAUGGAUGUCCGGUGUGCCACGUUGAUUGACAUCGUACCCCCGAGAUUGCCCGAGUACAUCAGCUUCUUUCGGGUCAAGAUGUCUGACGCUGCGUUUACGAUGCUCUGCGGCAUCCUUGGGUCGUCGAAAACACUCGCCCGACUCGAUGUUGCCCACGCCGAAUUGCGCCCCAACCAAGUCGCCAAGCUCAUCAAAACGCUGCCGCUCUGGCUGAAUCGCCAAAACCACGCGUGCGCCGUGCGGCUGGGCGUGACGAGUGCGCUCGACGUCGAGCGUCUCAUCACCGCCAUGACCCGCAUGCGCAUUCUCCACAAGGUCAAGAUCGAGCUGUACGACAACGAAGCGCUCAAUAAAGCGGCGUGCAAGCGCCUCGUCACAGCGCUUUGGGCCACUUCGUCGGUGGCACUGCGCUUCGAGUCCCUGUUCUGGGAUCCAACUGUCGAAAUCGACUUGCAGGCACAUGCCACGCGGUGCAACGUGCGUCAUUCGGAUGGCUGGUACCGCUUGCCACUGUAGAUACUGCAGGGUACAUGAAGUAAGCCACAUCAUGGUCGUUUCCUACAUAUUUUUUUCACAUUUUGCC